AAAGCUGGAGCAAAGAAAUCGGUUUUAAUGCCUUUUCCCAAUGAGUUUCUCUCUUCGAUUGGAUAUAGCCAUGCCAUUAAUUGUGCUUCAACCGGACCUACGGGUGUAAUAUAUGCAUCAUAAAUCUGCUGGCUAAUCCUCGAAACAUUUAUGAAUUUCAUAUCCCGUAGCUUUUUGCGGUUCGGGCAAAGGGGGUGAGGUUGCUUGUCAGCUACAGUCUUCCCCCGGAAUCAGCGUUGGGGGUCCCCCAGACGGAGCAGGGUCACCCGUGACAUUACCGCCUCUCAGGAAUAACUUGCUAACGCUCGGAGGCAAUAAGCACACGAUGAGCGAGCUGUCGCACGCCGGGAGCCUCCAGCAGAUCCACGUUCAGCAGCUGUUCGAGGAGAACAGCAACAAACGGACGGUGUUGACCACGCAGCCCAACGGGCUGACGCCGGCGGGCCGGCCCGGCCUGCCGCUGCCCGACCGGCCGCAGGAGGCCAGCCAGGGCCGGCAGGCCAGCUCCGCCUCCCUCAAGUCCGCCGACGGCAAGGCCAAGCCCAGCCCCAUGACCCCCGAGCAGGCCGUGAAGCAGGGCGCCUCCAAGCUGACGCCGUUCGAGCACCAGGAGAUCUACAGCUACUCCGAGGUCUACUUCACGGGCCCCAACGCCAAGAAGAGGCCCGGCGUGGUCGGCGGCUCCAGCAACUCGGGCUACGACGACGACCAGGGCUCCUACGUCCACGUGCCGCACGACCACAUCGCCUACCGCUACGAGGUGCUCAAGGUCAUCGGCAAGGGCAGCUUCGGCCAGGUGGUGAAGGCCUACGACCACAAGGCGCACCAGCACGUGGCGCUGAAGAUGGUGCGCAACGAGAAGCGCUUCCACCGGCAGGCGGCCGAGGAGAUCCGCAUCCUGGAGCACCUGCGCAAGCAGGACAAGGAGGCCGCCAUGAACGUGGUGCACAUGCUGGAGAACUUCUCCUUCCGCAACCACAUCUGCAUGACCUUCGAGCUGCUCAGCAUGAACCUGUACGAGCUCAUCAAGAAGAACAAGUUCCAGGGCUUCAGCCUGCCGCUGGUGCGCAAGUUCGCCCACUCCAUCCUGCAGUGCCUGGAGUCGCUGCACAAGAGCCGCAUCAUCCACUGCGACCUCAAGCCCGAGAACAUCCUGCUCAAGCAGCAGGGCCGCAGCGGCAUCAAGGUCAUCGACUUCGGCUCCAGCUGCUACGAGCACCAGCGCGUCUACACCUACAUCCAGUCCCGCUUCUACCGCGCGCCCGAGGUCAUCCUGGGCGCCCGCUACGGCAUGCCCAUCGACAUGUGGAGCCUGGGGUGCAUCCUGGCGGAGCUGCUGACGGGGUACCCCCUCCUCCCCGGGGAGGACGAGAGCGACCAGCUGGCCUGCAUCAUGGAGCUCCUGGGCAUGCCGGCCCAGAAGCUCCUGGACGCGUCCAAGAGGGCCAAGAACUUCGUGAGCUCCAAGGGCCACCCCCGGUACUGCACGGUCACCACCCUGCCGGACGGGUCCACGGCGCUGACGGGGGGGCGCUCGCGGCGGGGCAAGCUUCGGGGCCCCCCCGGCAGCAAGGAGCUGUCCACGGCCCUGAAGGGCUGCGACGACGCCCUCUUCCUGGACUUCCUGAAGCAGUGCCUGGAGUGGGACCCGGCGGUGCGCAUGAGCCCCGGCCAGGCCCUGCGCCACCCCUGGCUCCGGCGCCGCCUGCCCAAACCCCCCCCCGCCUCCGCCGGCGGCGGCGAGAAGGCCCCCGCCGCCAAGCGCAUCACGGAAACCUCCGGCGCCCUGACGGCCAUUUCCAAACUGCCGACGAACGCCGGCUCGGCGGCCCGACUCAGGGCCAACUUGGCGCAGAUGGCCGACGCCAACGGAAAUUUACCACAGAGGACCGUCCUGCCCAAACUGGUCAGCUGAUCUCAGACGGGCGUACCCCUAGUUUUAACGUUUUUUUAUUUUUUUUUUUUUUUAUUAAAAAGGGAGCGAUCCUCUACGUCAGAAUGGUGCGCGAAAAAGCGAAAAGGCGAAACGGUUUCGUCGUUUGCUGAACGUCACUCCGGUUCGAGUGUGAAGGUUUUAGGUUUUUAUGUUUUAAAAAAAAACGAAACAAAAAAAAACAGUGAAAUCACUACACAGUUGUGGGGUUUUCUAUCACCUGUAUGCCGUAAAAGAAUAUUACAAGCAUUUAUAUUUAAAAAAUAUAUAAUUUAUUGGGGGAAGAAGGGGAACAAUGCUCUAAGGUUUUUUUACCCCAGGACAGCGCACAGUGUUGCUAAGUAGCCCAAAUUUGUGCGGUCUGGCUGAGUAGAUUAGGAAGCCCGUACGGUUGGUUUUCACUCGUCUGUGUUGCAGUGUAGAUGGGAGUGUAGGACGGACAAGGUGUGGCUGGCCAAAGUGAUGCACUGCAGGUGUCCACGGUCAUCAGCGCCCGAGGGGCUCUAGGUUCUGGUCCUGAGUGUUGUAGGUCUGCGUCAGCAGUAUGACAAGGAGCGGUGAAAAUGAUGCCACAGCGCAUUUUUCUAGCCGUUUUGGAUAGAAAA